UUGAAUUUAUUUGUAAUAUGGCACUCUUCUUUUACAAAUCGCUUGGAUUUUGCGUUAUUGUAGUGUGCACUUUAGGUAUUGUAAAAUCUGCUGGGGAAUACAAUCAAAAGGAUCAGCACUAUGCAGAUGUUUUAAAAUUGACACAGGAGGCACAAACAUUGCAAACCAAACUGGGGGGUUUGAAGAAGAGAUCUCUAAAUCAACUUAAAAUUUUAGAGAAUUCGGGCUUUUGUCAAAAAGAGUCUCCGCUACCGGACCAUUGCCAUCAACACUUUGUUUUCUUUGAGGCAGUCAAUGUCAAAUACCAAAUUUUAGAGGAACAUGUUCUCACUAAAUUGAUUGGUUUACAAAACGAUCAAAGCUUAAACUUUCAAGAAAUUCUAAAGAAUUGCUUUUCAUCUGAAUUGGUUUCAGUGGAUAAUGAUAUGCCGAAGCCUUUGAAGGAAAUCAGUGAGAAAAUGCACACACUAGAGAAGCGAUUGAUUUCUUUGACACACCUACGCUUGCUUGUGGAAGAACAAAGUACUAGACGCAUACAACUUUUACAAGCUAUUGACGUUAAACUGUCCCAAAAUGAAGCAACUUUAAAGGGUUUCGAAAAGAAUAUUGCAUGUUCCAAAAGGGUUAUUGAUGAAAUUAGGACCGAAUCAUCACUUAAUUACUAUCACCGAUUGCCCAUGAAUAUUAUUUUGGGAAAAAAUAUUAAAUCAAGAGUAAGCCAAGCAAUCACUAAAUAAUGCUUUGGAAGUAUAUACAUAUUAAAAAAGAUAUGGAACAUAAAAAAAAAUA